GAGUGGGUGGCUAUGUGGACGGAUGAACUCCAAGCGUCCCCCAAUGUGAACUCAACUUUCCCCGAAUGGAAAGGGGUGCAGUCGGGGUAGCGGAGGGGAGCCCCUGGGAAAGCUGGCCCUCGAAGUGGAGGUGGGUGAGUAACCACUGGCCUCCGAAUGGGCUUUCCCCACAGGAACUGCCAGCGGCCCCCCUCGCGAUGAUCCCCGCCGCGAGCAGCCCCCCUCCGGGAGAGGCCCUCUUCCCCGCCGCGGUGCCCCAGGACUUCUGGAGGUCCCCAAUCUCGGGCUACGCGGGGUCUGCCACCCGGCACAUCAGCCACCGGGCCAACAACUUCAAACGACACCCCAGGAGGAGGAAGUGCAUUCGCCCCUCCCCGCCCCCGCCCCCUAACACCCCGUGUCCCAUCGAGCUGGUGGACUUCGGGGACCUGCACCCCCAGAGGUCCUUCCGGGAGCUUCUCUUCAACGGCUGCAUUCUCUUUGGCAUCGAGUUCAGCUACGCCAUGGAGACGGCCUAUGUGACCCCCGUGCUCCUGCAGAUGGGCCUCCCGGACCAGCUCUACAGCCUGGUGUGGUUCAUCAGCCCCAUCCUCGGAUUCCUACUGCAGCCGCUCCUGGGCGCUUGGAGUGACCGAUGUACUUCAAGGUUUGGACGGAGGCGCCCUUUCAUUCUUGUCCUGGCCAUAGGGGCGCUGCUGGGCCUCUCACUCCUGCUCAACGGCGACCUGGAAAUGCGUGUCUCAAACGCUAGGUCUCCACAAUGGCCCGUGCUGAUACGAUGGAUACUGCUCUAUGUGGUCGAUUCCUAUUAUUUUGUGGUUAUGUUCCACCCAGCCCCCGGGAACCCCAUUCUCAUGCUCACUUUUGUUGGGGUGUCGCUGGGAGGAGGACACCCCGGGUCCUGGGAGGGAUUUAGCGCCUGGAGUGAGAGCCGAGCUUCCCUCCCGCCCCCUCCCCCAGGGCUCGGUGGCGGCUUCGGGUACGUGGUCGGGGGCAUCCACUGGGACAGGACCGGCUUCGGGCGAGCCCUGGGCGGGCAGUUGCGGGUCAUCUUCCUCUUCACGGCCGUCACCCUGAGCGUCACCACCUGGGCGAGGGGCUUCCUAGAGCCUGUGUUGCAACUGCCCGGCUUUGUUUAUUUCGCGUGUGUUUCCCUUUUGGGGGAAGGUACUGACGCCCUCCCUGCGGGAGGUGCUGCCUCCUGGGCCCCGGUGCGGCCCCCGAAACGCAGCUCCAUGCUCUGCGGCUCCAAGUCUCGGAAGAGACAACCUGAAACCCCUCCUCGUUCACCCCACGGGGAGCCGCACCCACAGCCCCGCCGGCGUCUGCUCCGCGGGCGGCUGGAGGCUCUGAGGAGGGCUUUGGGGCUCCCUCUCCAGGUGGCCAACAUCUUGCUGAAUGGCGUGAAGUACGAGAGCGAGCUGACGGGCCCCAGCGAGCCAGCGGGGCCGCCUCUGUCCAUGAGGCACCUCUGCUCCACCAUCUGCCACAUGCCCUGGGCGCUGCGCAGCCUGUGCGUCAACCACUUCCUGGGCUGGCUGUCCUUUGAGGGGAUGCUGCUCUUCUACACGGACUUCAUGGGCGAGGUGGUGUUUCAGGGGGACCCCAAGGCCCCGCGCACGUCGGAGGAAUAUCGGAGGUACAACAGCGGCGUCACCAUGGGCUGCUGGGGGAUGUGCAUCUAUGCCUUCAGCGCCGCCUUCUACUCAGCGAUCCUGGAGAAGCUGGAGGAGCGCCUCAGCAUCCGCACGCUCUACUUCGUGGCCUACCUGGCCUUCGGCCUGGGCACCGGGCUGGCCACCCUGUCCCGGAACCUCUACGUGGUCCUGUCGCUGUGCGUGACCUACGGGGUCCUGUUCUCCACGCUGUGCACGCUGCCCUACUCGCUGCUGUGUGACUACUACCACAGCCCAGAGGUAGGCGCCUGUCACGACGGCACGCGGCGUGGCAUGGGCGUGGACAUCUCGCUGCUCAGCUGCCAGUACUUCCUGGCCCAGAUCCUGGUCUCGCUGGUGCUGGGGCCCCUGACCUCGGCUGUGGGCAGCGCCAACGGGGUGAUGUACUUCUCCAGCCUGGUGUCCUUCCUGGGCUGCCUCUACUCCUCCCUGUGUGUCGUCUACGAGAUCCCGCCCAGCGCGGCCGCCAGCGAGGAGCACCAGCCCCUACUGCUGAAUGUGUGAUGCCCGAGCCCCAGCUUGUGCCAAGGCGUCUGGAGCCAGUGGGAACCGAAGGGCCUCGGCAGUGAUGGACAGGUCUCUGUUGGAAUGUAAAUAUGUGAUAAAAUAAACAGCAGCAGCAAA